AUGGAUGUUAGGCCUUCUGAUAUUCCAGCAAAUAAGCUGGUACUCUUUGUUGUGAAAGGAACCGCCACAUCAACCCACAACACCGUGAAGCCACUAAUCCUGCUCGAGGAGCUGGGAAUCCCACAUGAUAUCUACGUGGUUGAAAAGGUUUCCGCGCCAUGGUUCAGCGAUAUCAACCCACAUAAGAUGGUGCCCGCCAUUGAGGACCAAUUACCCGACGGCAAGGGCUGCGUGCGCGCAUGGGAGUCAAGCUCGACACUGACUUACAUCGCCGAUGCCUACGACCUCGACGGAAAGUUUGGGGGUAGGACUCUAGGCGAACGUACAGAGAUUGCCAAUUGGCUGACUCUCCACACGGCUGCGUUGGGCCCGACAGCCAAAUACUGGCUGUAUUUCCAUGCACUUCACCCCGAGAAACUCCCCAAAGCUAUUGCAAAACUCUCUCAGAAUAUUGCAGUGCAAUAUGACAUCCUCGAGAAACGCUUGAAUAAGCCAGGCCAGUUGUUUUUGGCUCUCCCAGAUCGGCCGACGAUUGCGGAUAUUGCCUCCCUGCCAUUUGCGAUGGAGUCUACCGCGGACCUUUUUGGUUAUGAACUGAGAAAGUGGCCCAAAUUGCAGGAAUGGUCCAUCCGCAUGGGGGAGCGAGAGGCCGUGAAACGUGCGUGGCAGCGAUGUGCUAGUUUUGGACAUGGUGAGAAGGAAUACGGACAUGUAGCAUAA